AUCGUAUAGUAAAAAGCUUUUUGUACAAUUGCUCAUAAUCGCAUUCCGUUAAAAUUUGUCAUUCAUGGAGCGUUUAAUACUUUUAUAACAACAAAAUAAUCGCUUCAAUCGUUUAAAUGAGAGUUAAAUGAUCAUUCGAUACGAUAAUAUUUCAAAUAUGAAAGCUUACAUCGCGUUUAAGGUCAUCAUUUGAAACUGAAUUUCAAUUAACGACACGAUUUCAUAUUCAUAAUGAAUUCAAUGAAAUAAGUUACUGUAAAUGAUUUAUUAAUUGGUUUGAAUGGCAAAAACUGAGUACAUGUUAUCUGGAGAUAUUGAUAACCCUUUGAGGAUAUACAAGAAACGAAAUUAGAGCCGCGUUAUGUUUGAAGUUUACAAUAUGAGAAAAUAUCAAAUUCUAUAUUUGUAGUCUUUAGUUUGAAACAGAAUAAUUGACAAACAAUACAGGUCUGAAAUGUGAUUUACUUUAGGUUGGAAUAGUGUAACUACUAUUUAACGUCUCGUAAGAAGCAUUUAUGUAGUUACAAUGUAUUAUUCAAAUGUGCAUCCGUUUAGAGUGAAUACAUUUGCGUUUCUGAACACGGAUUUGGACACAACAUUUACAUGACCGAGGAGUGGUUGUACGUCAUUAAAAUAUUUCAAUGAAUGUGUUUACCGAUUUGGAUACUGAAUUCUGACAACAGCACUUUUAUAAAGGAUAACAGGACUUUUGGAGGUGAUUUUAAAAUACCAACUGUACUUUAAUAUGAAAGAGAAAUAGAACGAAGCACGAGAGAAAACAACCUGCCAUGGAUUCUAUUUUCGAAGGCAGUAAGAAAAGCUUAUAGAAGUUGAUUUAAUUAUACCAAGAAGUGGUGAGUGUUGAGGACCUAGAAACACAGAUCUUAAUGAUAAAUGUAUGACAGUUAACCCAUAUAAUACAAAAGCAUAGCCAGUAGUUACAACGCACCAGCGGGUGUUUUAUAGAGAGCUAAAUCUACUUUUAAAGAGAGUGCUUAAAGGAUUCAGUGAUACAGAUAUUAAGAGCUGUAAAGACAGUAAGGGAAGGAGCGUUGAACGUUUAACGUAUAAAACCAAGGGCUAUUGAUGAACCUGAAGCACAGCGCAGAGUGAUAGCCAGGAAUAACCAAGACGACCAAGACCAAGUAUAGGAAAAAUGAAACUAGGAAGCCACGUCUUAAUGUCAAACAACAAAUGAAUGCUUAAGACAGUUUCAAGGUUUCACACAUAACACGAAGGAUUGAUGACGAACAUGAAGCACAGCUCAGACUAAAAAGAGCCGAUAUCAGAAGUCAACAAAAAAUAGGAUGAGAAAAACAAUUAGUAAUGUAUUACAACAUACAACAAAGGCAUUUCUCAUAAAAUCCUAAAGAAUAUGAAUGCAUGGUUGGUUUUAAAAGUUUGAAACUCAAUAACCAGUGUUAUGACGAGCAAGUACUACUCGCCAGUGAUCCUUGAGAGAUUCAACUCCCGCCAGCUCCGACGACACCGCCGACAAAGGAACAAGCAUCUCUCGGAGCUCUACAGCAGGCAAGCGGUUGUACCCAUUGACGGGCCAACAAAGCCGAUUGCCGUGAAUGGACAGUUGGCUCCAGCGGACAUCGCAGUCUUUGACAACAAGGCGGCGAACGCUGUUCUUCUCGAUGCCGAGAGCCAGUUAAAAUCCGGAUAUCCUACCAUUGCGACUUCCUCAAUGGUGGCUCGAAGAAACCGGUUAGGCAUCCAUGAAGAUGUGGACAACCACACAGACAUAAAGUUCUUCUCGGAGCUUGUCAAGCCAGUACAGUAUAGAUGGAAAUUUCAGAAGGACAAGUUAAAAACUAUGCAACCAUCAAAACAUGGUUUCCAUCCGCGCAGUCAGUCGCCGACGUUUCAGAGACUUAUUGACGCGACAGAGAAACUGCAUUUGUUAUCCAGUAGGGAAAAUCCCGAUGAUACUUUAUCUAGUGCUAAAACUGAUUUCUUUGAAACCCAAAGCGAGAUUCACCCAAGUGCAUUCAGUCGGGCGUCUAGUCGUGUACCCAGAUCUGAGCCUGCUACUCGAACUAGCUCUCUACCCGCGGCUGCCGAUAAAUAUCCGAAUGGUCGGUUCGAUUUUCAGCCAGAUAUUCGGACAAUAGAGCCAACUUUCCGCAAGGAUGAUUUAUUUAUUGAAGAAGAUGAAGAUGACGACGACUCAUUCAUAUUGUCACCUUCUCCAAGAGAUCCAACACCACCACCACCCAUCCCGAUACCUAGGAAACCUCAAAGAAAGGUUCAACGUGAGUUUAAAGUGGACUUUAAGAAAUUGGACUCGCAUUCUGAGCUUCAUUUAUUUCUUCCACAUAUCGAAGAAGGCUCAAGGGGCGCAACUCCCGAUACACCAACUAAGAAAUUUAGCGCUAAAUGUGAGUUACCUCGCAUAGACGAUUCAAUGGAACGAAAGUCCCCAGAAGACGAUCAUAGUAAAAACAAAAAGAAACAGUCAAGAAAGAAAAGAAAACUAUUUACUAGGGUAAAAUCAGGGUUACAUGAUGAUAAAGAGUUUAGAGAUAGACUUAAUGAUGUUCCAACACUUAUUUCGUUAGAAAAUGAAAGAGAUUUCCACCCUGCCUCUAUGUGUGUGUUCGAAAACUGUAUGCAUCAUCAACAUAGGAAGUCAACUAAAAUUCGACAAGCCUAAUUGCAUACAUAGUGCAAGUUAUCAUAUUUCAAAGUGUGUCGUACCUGGUAAUCUGAUAUGGAUCGCCAUUACAUUUUCGUUUAAAAUAAAAGAAAAGAAAUUCA